UACUACAACACGAAUUAUUUUCACAAGGCUAUCUCGAUAUUAUAGGAAAACGCCAAUAUUGCGUUCUACGUAGUACAUAUUUUUUUUAUCUUGAAUUUCAAUUCACGAAAUCAUUAAUAUUUUCAAGGAAGGUGUGUCAGCAGUAUGAAAAGUAUUGAAGAUUUGAUCAUGGUCAACUUUUGCAAAGUGAUCGAGUGUACAUAAGUACAGCUCUACCAGCAACCUUGGCUGCAUUGCUGGACCAAUCGUCACGUCUUCACGAUCCACCGCAAUGCAAUUCGCAGACAUCAACUAUUUCAUGUGUGAGAUGUCGGUCACAAUUAUGUUGAUGAUUCCUGUAAUGGCUUAUUCAUCGACUGAUUACGAUUGGAGCUCCAAGCACUUUAACUAUCUUGUUGUUCACAAUCCACCUUUCGAUUAUGUGUUUCCGGGACCCAAUGGUUCAUUCACAAGUUAUGGAAGCGGGCAGAACGUCGCCAAAUGGUUAGCGGCAAAACUCAAAUAUCAGUAUUCUUUCUUUCGGAUCAAUCAAACCCUUAUCGAACAAUAUGGUACACAUGAGGCUGCGUUCUAUCAAGUUGUAAACGAUGAAAAUAUCGACGGGAUUGCGCAAAACUUUUACCUCACCAUGAAUAGAGUACAGAGAUUGGACUUUACCACCCAUCACGGAUGGGUUGAUGGAUUUCGGCUUGUAGUGCCGAGAUUAGGAAAAGAAAGCCGAUUGUUUGCUUUCAUUGGCCCUUUUGAACCUACGGUUUGGCUGCUAAUUUUUAUCAGCGUUCUUGUCGUAGUAACAACGAUGACCUCGUUUGCCAUUGCUUACAAACAACCCAUGGAACAGUUCCCAGGUCGCAAAGAAUAAAACAGACACAGACAUUAUUACCCACACCGUAACGGAAAGACCAGUUUCGAGAAACAUUCUUUUGCAUAACCUGGGCUCUCAUUUGAUUUACGUUGUAAACAUCAUGACGAACCAAGGAGGUCGUGAGACCUUUGGUUACUAUUCCUUUCGGGUCCUAGCUGGCAUUUGGGUCCUGUGUGCAACGGUCCUGGUCAAUUCCUAUACAGGCAUUGUCAUUUCGUCAUUAACAACUCCCAAAACGAAGCCAUCAAUAGACUCGUUUGAAGACUUGGCUGCAAGUUCGGAUACUCAAAUAGUUCUCCGACACGACACAUCCAUCGGAGAACUGAUACUGGAAGCGACCUCAGGUGUUUUUAAGAUUCUUGGAGAUCGAGCACGUCAGAGUCCUGAAAACGUGGUUGGAGAUGUUUUUAAGGUCACAGAAAGAUUGCAGACUGGUCGCUAUGCUUUUCCGUUUGUUCAAACUUUUGCUGUUGUUUUCGUCACUGCACAGUACAAGAAGGAUCAGCAAUGUCGUUUUAAAGCAUCGAAGCCGUUGCCCUUGUCAACUGGAUAUUACUCUUGGCUUUUCAAAAAGAAAAGUUCUUACACUGAUGCGCACAGCAGAGCACUUGUUAACCUAUGGGAGACUGGCCUGACAUAUUACUGGGUUUAUAAAGAAUUUCUACCGUCCGCUCCCAGGGCCGACCAGUGUUUCGUGGAGUCCACCCGCCGAGUAUCUCGCAUAGUUCCUAUUCAGUUGUCUGAUUUGAUUAGCGCUUUUCUUAUUUUUGGUAUCGGGAUUGGACUGGCGACACUUAGUUUCUUGUUAGAAACAUUGCUCUCAAGAUACCAAAGGUAUAAGUAGUUGGUAAAAGCUUAGAAUUACGGGCGCCCCGCAUAAUAGUUUUUAUAGCAAUCUGUUAGUUAACUUAUCGCGUUUAUGGAAGAUAAUUAAUCUUUUUAAUCCCUCUUUGGUACAUAGUUUAGUUUUUACACUAGGUGUAAAGUUAAUUGAAAAGAAAGAGAAAAUACAA